AUGAAGAAGGCAGGCAAAGAGCGCAAGCCGUCAACAACGACUGUCAUCAAGGCGUCAAAGCCCAAGCGGUCGCAGCUGGCCGCUGCCACGACGCACCACGUCGAUCCGGCCGCGACGGCGCACCUCGGGCCGGCAGCCGUGCACGCCGAUAAGGACACGCUGUUCUCGGCGCGCCUUCAUCGCGUAGACAUGGGUGCAGAAGAGAAUCGCGAACUGCACUUGCAAGUGCUGCGCACCGACAACGGCAGCUACUACCUUUGGGAGCGCAUGACGCACGUCGAGAUGCACUACGGCCAUGACGUUGCGCUGGACGCGAGCAGUACGAAAUGCGUCGUCGCGGCCAAUGUGGGCGACGCCCUGCACAAGUUUCAAGCGGCCUUCUUGGCCAAGACGGGCAUCACAUGGCGCAACCGCUUCCUCCACGACGCCCGAGGCGACUACACUUUCGUGGACGUGGACCUUGGACGCCCGCAGCAUUUGACGUCCGAGGUGCGCCACGUCAUGGCCCUGCUGCCGCCCGAGUGCAAUUUUCGUCCGCGGACGCCAACACCGACACCGCUGCCGGUGCUGCUCUCCAAGCAUACGAUCGACCGCGCCAUCGCGCUCCUGGACGAGAUGCGCAGCGUCUUGGCGACGGCGCCGUCGCGCACGCGGCAGCGCUCGUCACUGGUUUUGCUCUCGAACCACUUUUACGCCCUCGUACCCCACUGCUUUGGGCACGAGUUCAUUGGCCGCCACGUGCUCGACACGUCGACUCGCAUCGACACCAUGGCCAGCGUUCUGACGACACACUUUCUUGUCACGCCCAAGGCCGCGCUGCAGGAUCCGCUCUAUGUGCAAUUCCAGGCUCUUCGCUGUGACUUGCAGCUGCUCUCGUUUGCCUCGCCCGCGCGCACGCUCAUUCAAACGUACUUUGACAAUACCAAGGCGCCCCUCAAGUUUUCGCUAACAUUGCGCUGCGUGUACCAAGUCGACAAGCAGAUCGAGUCGGACCGUUUCCAGGCCUUUGCGACGCUGCACAACCGCAAGCUGCUCUGGCACGGCAGCGCGCUCACCAACUGGUCGAGCAUUCUCCAAAGUGGUCUGAAGAUUGCGCCGGCCAAUGUCCGCACGAAUGGCCAGAGCUUUGGGACCGGCCUCUACUUUAGCGACUCGGUGUCGCGCUCGGUGGGCUACUGCCACUCGAACAAGGUGGGGCUCCUUGCCCUCUGCGAGGUGGCACUUGGCACGCCGUAUGUGACGGCCGCGUCGGACGCGUCUGCCAAGCGUCGCGUCGACGGCGUCGCGUACGACAGCGUCCACGGCUACGGCUCGUACCUGCCCGACUCUGGCUUUGACCACAUCAUGCCAGAUGGCGUCACGGUGCCCAUGGGCAAGCUCGCGCGCAGCGACUUGGCGACGGAGAACGGGCUCGAGUACAACGAGUACAUCGUGUACAACACGGCGCAGAUGCGCAUGCGGUACCUCGUCGUCGCCGACUUUGACACGCGCGUGCCGUAA